AUGUUUAGUCUGCUAUAUCAAAUACUAAACCUGUGCUAGUCUAGCCCACACCCAUACAUAAAUAGCCUCCUAAAAAUGAUCUUCAUAAUUGCCAUAACCCAUGUAAACAAACAGGAAUCUGUUACUGGUUUUCUUACUGCUCCUGCGGUGUUUUGAAAAUGACUAGUUUGAACCUCCUAGAUCUUGCCUAAGUGAACCACUCCUACACAUCCAAGUGUUCCACGUUGAUAUAUGACAAUAUCUACUUUCGAUCACGUGUCUCCGGGCGACUUAGACGGAUUGCGCGUCAUCUCGCCUUCCUAAAUUUCCCCCUUCUACAGCUCGAAUCCAAAACAUCUAUCUAUCGUACGGAGUACGGGGGAAAGAUGUUUAACUCGGUGAAUCUGGGAAACUUCUGCUCCCAGACGCGCAAAGACCGGACAUCCGAGUUUGGGGAUAGAACGGGCUGCGCCUCUAACAUCUACCUCCCCAGCUGCACCUACUACGUCCCCGAAUUUUCUGCCGUCUCUUCGUUUCUUCCACAGGCCUCGUCGCGGCAGAUAACCUACCCAUAUUCCACAAAUCUGUCUCAAGUGCAGCCGGUACGGGAAGUUUCCUAUGGAUUGGACCCUUCUAGUAAAUGGCACCAUAGAAGCAAUUAUGCAUCAUGCUACUCUGGAGAGGAUCUGGUGCACAGGGACUGUCUUCCGCAAUCCACCAUGACAGAAAUGCUUAUGAAAACGAACGAGAAUGUGUACAGCCACCAUAACCACCAUCCCAGCUCCAACCAUCCCUCCACAGGGUUCUACCCCGGAGUGGGGAAAAACAGCGUCCUCCCUCAAGGUUUCGACCGCUUUUUUGAGACCGCAUACUGCGGCACGGACAAUCAGUCAGCAGAUACUUGUUUACAAAAGAGCGAGGCUAGAAAGCUGGAAACAAAGUUCCAGCAGCCAGCGGCUCUACCGGGCGUCCCAGACCAAGACAAGGACACAGAGGAUGAGGAGGAACAUACAAAUUCGGGCUCGUGUUCUUCUUCAGCCACCAAGGACCGCAGCGCCAGCAAGAACAGCCACUCGAGUACACCUCGCACAAGGAAGAAGAGGUGUCCAUACUCCAAAUUUCAGAUCCGAGAAUUGGAGCGGGAGUUCUUCUUUAACGUUUACAUUAACAAAGAGAAACGGAUGCAGCUUUCCCGGAUGCUGAACCUCACCGACCGACAGGUUAAAAUCUGGUUUCAGAAUCGAAGAAUGAAAGAAAAGAAAUUAAGCAGAGAUCGUUUGCAAUACUUUUCUGGAAACCCCCUAUUGUGAGCAUGUGGAGUGUAAAAGCAUAAUGAUUAUAGUCAAAUGUCAAUGACACACUUUUCUCAGUGAAUUCUUAUCAACAGUAAUAAACACAUUUCAAGUUACUUCAAAAAGACAGAUCAGCAGCAAUGUUAAGAUGAGGUUAUUUCAAUUUCUAACAUUUGGGGUUGCUGUAUGUAUGCGUAAUAAGGCACCAUUUUCCUGUAGCCUUCAUUCGCAGGAAACUUUCUAGUUCAUAUAUAUACAGGUGAUUAUAUAGAAUAAUCAUUUAUAUGCUGCUGUCGAGUUCAUAUAGUUUUCCGUGUAUUUACCACGAAUCUUAAUUGUGUUUAUUCAAUUGUGCAUUUCACAAGUAUUAUUUGUUGAAUAGUAUUAAAUGUUACAACGCAAUUCGGGAAGCCAUGAUAGGCCUAUAUUGGACAUUUAAACUUUCCCUUUCCUCUGGUCGAUGUAUUUGUAGCCUACCAUGAUUCUGUUUUCGACCAGAAUAUUCAACACAAAGUAAUACAUUUACAGGUGUCAAUUUUGCCACCGAGAACUGUGACGUGUACAAUCUGUAGUAAUGUUUUCCUUGUACAGACUAUGCAACUAUGUGCAUUCGUGACUGUAAAUAUGAUUUUGUUUUUAAUUUCGCUCCCCCUUUUCCCUGCUGCUAUUUUCUUUACACCGCCCAAGCUGUGUACUUUAAAAGCUUUAAUGUUAACACUCCUUUAAAUUAUUUGCUUUACGCUUGGUGCUUCUUUAUGAAAGAGGAGGAAAAUAUGGCGUUGGGUCUGUGUAUCAUUAAUCUAAAGAUACCUAUGAAAUAAACAGGCGUAUAGACAAAACUAACAGACUGGUGGAUUUUUGUCAUAGAUGUUAUUAUUGACUAUGGUUAUCCUCU